AUGGCAUAUGAAAUGAAAAAAUUAUUAUACGUGACAUACUUUGAUUGGCCGAGGAUAACAAAACAAUGUUAUCUUGUUCCACCCAAGGGUUUCUCAUUCAUGUGACUUACCGGGGCUGAUCAGUGGCUUUUUGCAUGUAUUUAUGUCCCUCCUCUGCUUCCUUCUCGCAUCUCAAGUUCCAACUCUUUAAGCUCCUCUCUCUCUCUCUCUCUCUCUCUCUCUCUCUCUCUCAUUUUGAAGCUGAAACCAUGAAGCAAAGCUUUAGCUCAGGAGCUAUUGUCCUAUGCAUUUUCUUCAUAAUUUCUUCGUCAACAAUAAUAUCAGCUCGUCUCCUAGGCAACAAAGAAGGACAAGAGGAUCAGGUAGAGCUCAAUGCAAUCACUGAUGGGGGUUCACUUGUAGAGUUGAAAGGCAGUGAACUAAUGAAUCAGUUAAUUGGGGUGGAAGAUUGCACUGAUGGAGAUGAGGACUGUUUAAACAGAAGGAUAAUGGCUGAAGCUCACUUGGACUACAUCUACACCCAGCACCAUAAGCCUUGAUACUCUUCAUAAUGUAACUGUUACAUCUAAUUAGUAGAUAAUAUGAAUGUUUAUAUAUGUAUGUUCUCUUAA